AUGGCACUUUCCACAACAACAAAGAUGGCUUCCCUUCAAGGAAAAGCAUCUUCUAAAUCUCUUCGUACCUUUCCGCUUGAGCUCCGUCAUAUGAUCUAUCGUCUCCUCCUCCAAGGUACAUGGGAAGAACCUGAUACUCGACGAAUAGCCCGCAGAUUCCUAGCCGCAUUACGCACAGAUGUGGGACUCUACAAAGAAGCUCUCGCUAUUUUUUAUGAAUCGAAUACCUUUUUGUUGACUUAUAAAAAUCACUGGUUGGGAAGAUAUUUUGUUCAGAGUGGGGGGGUUAGAUAUAUUGAUUUGAGAGUUGUGUUGUUGGCGUCGACUUUUCAGAGAUUGCAUGUUGAGGUUCCGCUUUCAACUUCGACCUCGGGGCCGGUUGAUGGUCUCCCCUCCACCUCCCCAACUUUCGACCGCACAGCCCGAAUCAUCCGCAUGGCGCAAAACCUCACAUAUCUCCACAUCGAACCCACCGUCAACGCCGGCUGUCGCACCCAAUGGCUCGCUCUAAUCUGCGAUCUCCUCGGCCCUGUCGACUCUUGUCCCACUCUCCUAACCCUCAAAUUCACAUGGGCAGCUUACAUGCUUGAGAAAUUCAGCCACACUGUCCAUUGGACCAUCCAACAAUUCGACUCCGUCUUCGGCACCCCUGGCUACCUUGAAUCUCCCUCUACCGGCCACAAAGCCUCCUGGAUUUGGCAACACCACGGCAAAGACGCCGGCCGCGUCCUCAAAUGGGGCAACCACGGGAAAAGCCCCGCGCGAGUCGAAAUCAGUCUCGCCGAAGUGGCAGCCAUGCGCCAACGCGAUCUCAUGUCCCACGACGCAGGCAGGAUCUGGCAAUUUCGUCACGGUCGCUCGUUUAUGAUUGGUGGGCGUCCGAGAUGCUGUGUUUCGAUCUUUGCAAUGCCGUUCCCGGGAACGGGGGCGACUCAUCCGCCGGCCGAUGUUUUUCGAUACAGCAAUGGAGAAACUUUUAGAAAGGGGAGUGGAGCCGAAUUACCUAUCUUGUUGGAUGAGACGGAUAUGAAUGAUUAUAAGGGGAUGUGGAAACCGGUUCCGAUGAUGUUUUUGUUGGGGAUGAAGAAUCGCUGCGAGCGGGAAUUGGAGAGAGGUUCGCUGAUUCAUCGAGAGCCGAGAGAAGAAAAUCAUCUCACGAGAUGGCUUUAUGAUCAAGGAUUCGAAUGUCCCGUCGAUACUGUGGCGAAGUUAAGGACAACGCUUAAAUGGGCCCAGAAACAAGAAAUGUAUAGAAAUCCUUCGCAGCGCGGCGAAGAGGGUGAUUUGCAAUAUGCUCUAAAGCCCGAAAACGUAGACAUCGAUUCGGACUUCCUCGCCACUUUCGCAGAUGGCCUUGCGAUUUCUCUCCCGGAAAAAGAAGAAUUCCAUCCUACGGUUAAGAGACGCACACCGGGUGUUAAAUACGAUAGACGCAGUGGGAACAAAUAUCAUUCUGCACUUCCGAGUAAUUGGAACGGUGCGGAUAGUGAUGAGGGGAUGGAGAGGGGGGAGGAGGUCCUUCUUGAAGAGAGUGAGAGGAAUGAUCGUUUGGCGAGGGAUAGAGUGUAUGCGGAGAGUGGGGGGAGUGGGGAGACGGUUUUGUUGGAGGAUUUGGUGUUUGAGCCGGGAAGGGGGAGGUUGGAGAUUAUUCGUUGA